AUGCAGACAGCCCAGCGCCGUAUCGAGCGGUCCAAGCCUCAACCUUUCCGCUCUGACCACGACCCAGUUACGGGAGGUUCAGUCUGUCGCUUCUUGGGGCGAAAUGGUUCAACACAUUUCACCAACCUGGGUUAUCCCUGGAACGUGAUACCCGAAUAUUCAGAGGGUUUUGAGAGUUUCGUCAAAAGAAUGGAAACGCUACUGAGAAAGAACAAGAGUCAGCAAUCGGAACAAGUGAUAGUCAGGAGGAGCAGGAGUAAAUACAGCAGAUGGGGCAGGAUUUCCCAUUUCAGAGUUUCCAAAUAA